AGUACUAUAGUAGGCAAUCUAGUAUUGACCCCACCUGUGAUGGUUACAAUGAACUACCACCACCAAAAAAAAAAAAGAAAAAACCCCCACAAAAUGUAGUAAUUUCGAUCUAUUCCCUCAUCUUUGGCCUAUGGCUAAGAACGAAGAACCAAACUAAGCUGCAAAAUUGGUGAAGAAAUGGUAACUGCUACAGCAACUUCAAUUCCUGUGCUUCAAUCUCCUUUUAUCUGUUCAUCUCACAAAUUAUCUUCUUUUAAUUCUUCUUCUUUGUUAACCUUUAAUUCACCCAAAAAUCGAUGCUCUCGCACUUCAUAUCCAUGCAUUCGAGCUGCCGAUCUUGAUCAAAAUACAAUAAUUGCAAUUUCAGUGGGAGUUGUGAGUGUUGGUAUUGGGAUUGGUAUUCCUGUCUUUUAUGAAACACAAAUUGACAAUGCUGCAAAGCGAGAGAAUACACAACCUUGCUUUCCAUGCACUGGCUCUGGAGCUCAGAAAUGUAGGUUCUGUAUGGGAACAGGCAAUGUGACGGUAGAACUUGGUGGGGAUGAGAAGGAAGUGUCUAAAUGUAUCAACUGUGAUGGCCUUGGUUCUUUAACAUGCACUACAUGUCAAGGCUCAGGUAUUCAACCUAGGUAUCUUGAUCGAAGGGAAUUUAAAGAUGAUGACUAAGGCCAACAACAUACACCUUUGCGUUGCGGAUACUUAUUCAACAGAAGGAUUGAGUUAAGCUUUUCUUGUCAAAUACCAUAGUGUUUAUUUUUUGUAAUAUGCUAUACCACAUACAAAUUGAGUUUCUAACAGCAUUCCUGGAAAUAUUUCUCAAUAUUCGCAUUCGAUGAUGUAGAUUUAUUGAUCAAUGAACCAUCGAUCAAUUUCUUUGUAAAUCUAUAAAUUUUCAUAUAUAAUGUUGUAAGUUCCUGCCUCA